GCUACUUGACAGUUGUAACAAUAAAAUAUGAAACAAGUUUGAUAUGAUAGCUUUAAUGUAGACAAUCACUGUAUAAUUAUUGGUUUGCAUUAAUAUUAAUUAUAAUAUUUUAUUUUUGAAAUUUAAAUUUGUGAUUUUUGAAUCUGUGCAUUACGAGACCAAAACGCAGCGCGGCCAUGAUUGUACGUCAAGUGACGUAACAUUUUAUUAAACAUUACCGCCAUACGUAAACAAUGACAGCAUUUUACUGAGUUUGCUGCGAAUUGAGUACAUAAUUAUUAUAAUUAACUAUCCUGGUUUUGGUCUCACAAUGGAACCAGGGUUUAUAAAAGCGGAUAGUGCGAAUUUACCCAAAGUUGAUUCCCUUAUGAUCGCGAAUUUCUUCAUAAGUAAUCCCGACGACUUUUGCGCUGCCGAAUUUCGGAAUGUUAAAACUACUGUAUCUUCGAGAGAGUCGUAUGGAGAUGAUGCCAUUGGCUAUGUACAAAUAAAAAGGGAGAAUUUGUGCAUAGUUAAAUGUAAAAUUUGCCCCGAACGCAAGGUACGCAAACAACCAUACUCUGUGACCAUGGUGAUAGAUGAAAAGCAAGGAGAAGUCAAAACUGUACAGUGUGAAGACUGCCCUGCAUCACAAGGAUGUUGCAAACAUGCAGUGGCAUUUUUAAUGUGGACACAUAGAAGAAGUGAGGAGCCUUCUUGCACUGCCACUGAAUGUUACUGGAAGAAAUCAAAACUUUCAAAAGUAGGCAGUUCUCUGAAAUUCAUGAAAAUAAAAGAGAUGAAUGACGGAAAUAGUUCUUUACCUGGUGUAAAAUUAAGGCGGAAAAUUAAAGAAAUUGGUGACAGAAAUAGCUCUUCGUCUACCCAACAAGAUGAAGGUGUACUGUUUGAUUUUUUAGAAGAGAGUAAAAAACGUAAAUUACAAAAUUGCCAAAUUUUAAAACAUCAACCUGAUUAUGAAUGUGAUAUAGUUCAGUUGCUCUCGUUGCACUAUUUAAGUUACAAAUUUAAUGCGCAGAAUGACUGCGAUAAAUUUUUAAAUAAUAUAAAUGCAGUUUUUACAGAAGAGAAUGUCAAGAACAUAGAAAGACUAACACGAGAGCAACAUAAAAGUUCAGCAUGGUUUGAGCUUCGAUAUGCAAGAAUUACAGCAUCAACAGCAUUCGAUGUAAGUCGCUGCAAAACAUCAGAAGGGUCAUUAAUUUCAAUAUUGAUGGGUGCAAAAGUGCCUGAAACAGUUGCCAUGAAGCGAGGCCAAAAAUUAGAACAUUUGGUAAAAACAGAAAUAAGUAAGCAACGGGGCAAUAUUUCUCAGUGUGGCCUGUUCAUAUGUCAAGAGUAUCCAAUGUUAGCUGCUUCACCUGAUGGGAUUUUAAAUGGUGACACUGUAGUAGAAAUUAAAUGCCCAACGACUGAGAAAACUUACAAAACAUAUAUUUCUAACAAUGAAAUCACUGCAAAAUAUUAUGCACAAGUACAGUUGCAGAUGCACAUAACCAAACUAAGUGAGUGUUUGUUCUGUGUUGCAUCAUGGGAUUUUGAAGAGAAUCAUCAUAUCAAUAUUGUGCCCAUAAAAUAUAAUGAUAAAUAUAUGAAAGAAUUGUUGGAUAAAUUAACAAUAUUUUGGAAAAAAAAUGUUUAUCCAUUACUUUAUAAUAGUACCAAAUAAAAGAAAUUUAUUUUGACAAA